CUGUGUUUAGUUUGAGAACGAAAUACGUCCAUAAAUAAAAGGCUACGCAGUGCUCUUGAAGCACGCUUGGAUUUCCAUUGUCUAAAGGAAAUUAAACAGCAAUCAUGUAUGAUCAAGAUGAGGAUAUCCAGUACGAUGAGGAUGAUGAUGAGAUCACCCCUGACCUGUGGCAGGAGGCCUGCUGGAUCGUCAUCAGCUCAUAUUUUGAUGAGAAGGGUCUGGUGCGACAGCAGCUGGAUUCGUUUGAUGAGUUUAUCCAGAUGUCGGUCCAGAGGAUCGUGGAGGACGCACCGCCCAUCGACCUGCAGGCUGAAGCACAACACACAUCAGGAGAGAUCGAGGAACCGCCGAGGUACCUGUUGAAGUUUGAGCAGAUCUACCUGUCCAAGCCGACCCACUGGGAGAGAGACGGAGCCCCCUCACCCAUGAUGCCCAACGAGGCACGCCUACGCAACCUGACGUACUCGGCCCCGCUCUACGUGGACAUCACCAAGACGAUCAUCAAGGAGGGGGAGGAGCAGCUUCAGACGCAGCACCAGAAGACCUUCAUCGGCAAAAUCCCCAUCAUGCUCCGCUCCACAUACUGCCUCCUCAGCGGCCUCACAGACAGAGAUCUGUGUGAACUCAACGAGUGCCCUCUCGACCCCGGCGGAUACUUCAUCAUCAACGGCUCUGAAAAGGUGCUGAUUGCGCAGGAGAAGAUGGCUACCAAUACGGUGUACGUGUUCGCCAAGAAGGACUCCAAGUACGCCUACACAGGGGAGUGCAGAUCCUGCCUGGAGAACUCCUCACGACCCACCAGCACCAUCUGGGUCUCCAUGAUGGCCAGAGGAGGACAGGGUGUUAAGAAGAGUGCCAUCGGGCAGCGUAUCGUCUCCACGUUGCCGUAUAUUCGUCAGGAGGUGCCCAUCAUCAUCGUGUUCCGAGCGCUGGGCUUUGUGUCUGACAGAGACAUUCUAGAACACAUCAUCUACGACUUUGACGACCCUGAGAUGAUGGAGAUGGUAAAGCCGUCUCUGGACGAGGCGUUUGUGAUCCAGGAGCAGAACGUGGCGUUGAACUUCAUUGGUUCUCGUGGUGCCAAGCCAGGUGUCACCAAGGAGCGGCGAAUCAAAUACGCCAAAGAGGUGCUGCAGAAGGAAGUGCUGCCUCACGUGGGCGUGUCAGACUUCUGCGAAACCAAGAAGGCAUACUUCCUCGGCUACAUGGUCCACAGGCUGCUGCUGGCUGCUCUGGGCAGGAGAGAGCUGGACGACAGAGAUCACUAUGGCAACAAGAGACUGGACCUCGCCGGACCACUACUGGCCUUCCUAUUCAGAGGGAUGUUUAAGAACCUGUUGAAGGAGAUUCGUAUCUACUCCCAGAAGUAUAUCGACCGCGGGAAAGAUUUCAACCUGGAGCUGGCCAUCAAGACUCGCAUCAUCUCCGACGGCCUCAAGUACUCUCUGGCCACAGGGAACUGGGGAGACGUCAAGAAGGCCCAUCAGGCCAGGGCAGGGGUGUCACAGGUGUUGAAUCGUCUGACCUUCGCCUCGACCUUGUCCCAUCUGCGGCGUGUCAACUCUCCCAUCGGACGUGACGGCAAACUGGCCAAACCCCGACAGCUACACAACACACUGUGGGGUAUGGUGUGCCCUGCCGAGACGCCCGAGGGCCAUGCUGUGGGCCUGGUGAAGAACCUGGCCUUGAUGGCCUACAUCUCUGUGGGGUCUCAGCCGUCUCCCAUCCUGGAGUUCUUGGAGGAGUGGAGCAUGGAGAACCUGGAGGAGAUCUCCCCCGCCGCCAUAGCAGAUGCCACGAAGAUCUUUGUGAACGGCUGCUGGGUUGGAAUCCACAAGGACCCAGAACAGCUGAUGAACACACUCCGCAAACUACGACGACAGAUGGACAUCAUCGUAUCUGAGGUGUCGAUGAUCAGAGAUAUUCGUGAGCGUGAGAUCCGCAUCUACACGGACGCCGGGAGGAUUUGUCGCCCCCUGCUGAUCGUGGAGAAACAAAAACUCUUAUUGAAGAGAAGACACAUCGACCAGCUGAAGGAGAGAGAAUACAACAACUACAGUUGGCAGGACCUGGUGGCUAGCGGUGUGGUUGAGUAUAUCGACACCCUUGAGGAGGAGACGGUGAUGUUGGCCAUGACCCCUGACGACCUCCAGGAGAAGGGCGUGGCCUAUUGCUCCACCUACUCACACUGCGAGAUCCACCCCUCCAUGAUCCUGGGAGUGUGUGCAUCGAUUAUCCCCUUCCCCGAUCACAACCAGUCCCCCAGGAACACCUACCAGUCUGCUAUGGGUAAGCAGGCUAUGGGCGUGUACAUCACCAACUUCCACGUGCGGAUGGACACCCUGGCCCACGUGCUCUACUACCCCCAGAAACCCCUCGUCACCACCCGGAGCAUGGAGUACCUACGCUUCAGAGAGCUGCCCGCAGGCAUCAACUCCAUCGUGGCGAUCGCCUCCUACACCGGCUACAACCAGGAGGACUCUGUCAUCAUGAACCGAUCAGCUGUGGACCGCGGAUUCUUCCGGUCUGUGUUCUACCGCUCGUAUAAGGAGCAGGAGUCUAAGAAGGGCUUUGACCAGGAGGAGAUCUUCGAGAAACCCACAAGAGAGACCUGCCAAGGUAUGCGUCAUGCUAUCUAUGAUAAGCUGGAUGAGGACGGUCUGAUCGCUCCGGGCGUCAGAGUGUCAGGAGAGGACGUCAUCAUCGGCAAGACCGUCACACUGCCAGAGGUGGAUGAUGAGAUGGAGAGUACUAAUCGCCGCUACGUCAAGAGAGACUGCUCCACCUUCCUCCGCACCAGUGAGACGGGUAUCGUGGACCAAGUCAUGGUCACUCUCAACCAGGAGGGAUACAAGUUCUGCAAGAUCAGGGUGCGUUCGGUGAGGAUUCCUCAGAUCGGUGACAAGUUUGCCAGUCGACACGGACAGAAGGGAACCUGCGGAAUACAGUACAGACAGGAGGACAUGCCGUUCACGUGUGAGGGCAUCACUCCUGACAUCAUCAUCAAUCCUCACGCCAUCCCCUCCAGAAUGACAGUCGGCCAUUUGAUCGAAUGCCUACAGGGCAAGGUUUCGGCCAAUAAGGGUGAGAUCGGUGAUGCCACGCCCUUCAACGACGCCGUCAACGUGCAGAAGGUCUCGAACCUGCUGUCAGAAUACGGAUACCACCUGAGGGGCAACGAGGUGCUGUAUAACGGCUUCACGGGGCGUAAGAUGACGUCUCAGAUCUUCGUGGGUCCCACAUACUACCAGCGCCUUAAGCACAUGGUGGACGACAAGAUCCACUCCCGCGCACGUGGACCCGUACAGAUACUCAACAGGCAGCCCAUGGAGGGAAGAUCACGUGAUGGUGGUCUGCGUUUCGGGGAGAUGGAGCGUGAUUGUCAGAUUGCUCACGGUGCGGCCCAGUUCCUGAGGGAGAGACUCUUCGAGGCCUCAGAUCCAUACCAGGUGCACGUCUGCAACCUCUGUGGACUCAUGGCCAUCGCCAACACACGCACACACACCUACGAAUGCAGAGGAUGCCGCAACAAGACACAGAUCUCGCUGGUGCGGAUGCCGUACGCCUGUAAGCUGCUGUUCCAGGAGCUGAUGUCCAUGAGCAUCGCCCCGCGCAUGAUGGUCAGCUAGGCAUGCUGGGAAACGCAGUCCUGAAUGAGGCACUCUGGGAUAUGAAGUCCUGAGAGACAUUCUGCGAUCUGGAGAGUACCUCUACUGAAGAGUAGACAGUAUUUUUGUUGCCACAGAAAGUGAAUCGAGCUUUGGGUUUAGCACAGAAACGACUGCCAUGGAACACACCUGCUAUAUGUUUUUCUUCUAAAAUUUGUAGGUCUGAAAUCAAGUUAUCGGUUACCUUAGUAAAAUCUUAAAUAAAAGUCUUUUUUAAUAAAAAAAAU